UGCAGAGAACGGUAGCACUACACCCUGGAUCACACAGAUACGGUAUAUGAAAGAACCACAGGAGCAUUACCUCUACUACAAGGUGACUGAGAAGAGGGUUAUGAACAGGACUGAGUCUGAGAGUGCGAGGAUAAAUCCGCAAGGCGAGUGACAACUCAUUCCCCUUCAUUAUCCUAUACGCUAUCAACAUACACUGUCCAAGGCAUCCCGCACAUCAAACCAACCAGAAUUAUAUUAACUGAUCCACAACAGAGCUUCAAGUCCCAACCGAAGCAGUCAGUUACUGGUUGAAUCGACCAUAAUGCCAGCGCCAGUAGCGGUGUGCGUCGUUGCGGCUAUCGCAGGUGUCGCUGCUGUCAUUGCUUUCCAUGAGUUCGUUUUUGAACCCCACAUCGCCCCCGCCAUCGAGCGUUGGGCAGAGGACUUCCUCGCCAAACGUCGUGCCCGACGCAGGGAUCCUGUUCCUUUGUCAUCCACUCGAGGGUCUGGACAUGGAGACCCAGGGCCCAGCGUCGCUAUUCCGAGGGAAAGGACCCCUGCAGGAGAAGAAGAUUCUAUCGAACUACGAGGCUUCAACCUCGAUGAAUGGCGGAACCAGGUCCAUCGCACCGCCCCAGGCACAGGUAUGAGGCGAAGAGUCGGAGUAAUUCCCCACACAGACGAAGGGAGUAUAUCUAGCACAAUGAAUGAGUCUUUCACGUCCCUCACGCACACACCGCUCUCACUCACCCAUGUCAUCUCCAAUGUCUCCUCCCCAUUCACAGAAGCCCCCUUUGUAUCCACCCGCACGCCCAGCCGCACCCACUCCCGUACCUCUUCUCAUACCGCAAAAGAUGGCGAGCGUGAGGGCAACGCUACUGUGUUUUUCGCCCCGUCUUCGCCCUCAUCCUCUGCACCUCCCAGUCCACCAUUUGGACCCGUCCUCCCAGACACGAGUGCUGCCUACUCCGCCCGCCCAUUUUCUCCGGUUGUGCGCACGCCCGUGCAUUCUCGCGUACCAUCGAGCAGGUCUUCCCUGCGGCACUCGAGCUCAAGCUCAAGCUCAAGCUCGCGCGUUAGUGUGGAUAUGCAGGGCAGGCGUGUGGACAUUGAUGUCGUUGGCGAGCACGUCAACAUUAAUAUCAACGGUGGCGUCAAUGCGAAGAUGCACGAGAAUAUGAAUGAAAACAAUAGCGUUGUGGAGUCACUAUCAGAACGUUACCCCGCCCCGCCCACUCCGCCUGUCCUGCUCUCCCCGCCUUUAUCACAUACUACCUUCUCCUCCCCAAGCACAGACACACUGAGCCUUGGGAGCAGCGGUAGCCGCUCCGGUUCGCCAUUUGACUUGGUCUCCCCUGUUCGUAUCGGCGAUGUGCACCUCCCCUCGCACGCAUCCCUCUCAGGUGCUGCAAACUCGCUGUCUCCCUUGAUGAUGAGUGAGCACGAGUUUGUGGUGUUUGGCGAGGCGCUGGAUCCGGAUGGGGCGGAAAUCUUGGCUUCGCGAAGCGGAAAUGCGCGUUUGCAUAAUCCGUUUACUGAUUUUGACGAGGGGAGUGAUUCCGACAGUGGUAGUGAAGGGAGCUGGAGACGGCUGAGUGUGACAUCCCGAAGAUAAUGCUUGUCUUGAGGAUAAGUAUGUCGCGUCAUCAGAGCAGGAUGCAUGGUGGUGUAGUGCGCGCUGUUUCUCUAUUUCGUCGUUAUUUCGUACUCGUGUUGUUCUGUCGCUCUUUUCCUCCGUAUUGUACCUUUACCCUCAUUGUGCUCGUUGUGAAUCCACGACAAAUCAUAUUUUCGACUCUUCUCCUUUCACGAAUCCAACUGACCGUGUU